AUGAAUGGCAAACACCACCAGCACGGCGAGCCACCAUCGAGCAAUUUUUCCAAAUUCGGAUCGCGACGAAGUGUAGUCUAUAGCACGGAAGGCAUUGUAGCGUGCACGCAGCCUCUUGCAGCAAAAUGCGGCAUUGAGAUUCUUAGGUCGGGUGGAAAUGCUGCGGACGCGGCGGUUGCCGUUGCCGCUGGAAUGAACAUGACUGAGCCCUGCUCAACGGGUAUCGGCGGUGACAUGUUCAUUCUGUACUGGGACGCCAAGGCCAAAAAAGUCCACGCGUUGAACGGCUCCGGACGCUCGGGCAUGCAGUGCUCCCUCAGCUCCGUACGAGCUGCUCUGGGUCUUGAAGACCGAUCAGAGGGUGAUAAGAUUCCGUUGACGAGCGUUCAUUCCGUGACCGUUCCCGGCGCAGCGGCCGGCUGGGUCGACACCGUAGAGCGGUUUGGGAGUGGAAAGCUGCUGCUAUCACAGAUCCUCGAGCCUGCCAUUCAACUUGGCGAAAAGGGCUUCCCCGUGUCAGAAGUGGCCAGUCACAACGCAAGUCUUGCCGCACCGACCGACAUCCGUGACAACGAGGCACUGACGAGAAAUAGUGGCGCGCAUCGGAAAAGCUCCUAA